AUGUGAGACGACUUUAUUCGCGAUGGACACGCUCGAGGACAGCAGUUGGGAUGUGGUGAUCUCUGGCACUGGCUUGCCACAAUCACUCCUCGCGCUAGCUCUGUCGCGGUCCGGCAAGAAAAUCCUCCAUAUCGACCGCAACGAGUAUUACGGCGGUGACGAAGCAGCUCUGAGCCUUCAGGAAGCGCUCGAAUGGUCAGAAAAAUAUAAAGCCAGCCCGACUGGGGCUGGGCCCGUUUUUGGCAGUGCAAUUGUCCGCAAGCUGCUCGCGAAGGACAAGCUGAAAGCGUCUCGCGCGUAUUCGCUGGCUCUAGCACCGCAGCUGCUAUACUGCCGCUCGGAACUGUUGUCCGCCGUCGUCGCCUCACAAACUCACACUCAGCUUGACUUUCAAGCCGUAGCAUCUUGGUUCAUCGUAAAUGUACCACCGGAUGGCUCUGCUUCGCAAGCACGGCUUACACGAGUGCCCGGUGGUCGAGAAGACAUCUUCCAGGAUGCAUCUCUUGACUUGAAGGCGAAGCGGGCGUUAAUGAAGUUUCUGCGCUUCGUUGCCGAUUACGAGCAGCAGCUGGAUAUCUGGGAUACCGAGCGGUCAUCGCCAUUCACAGAUUUCUUGGAGCAGAAAUUUGGCCUGCCGCCCGCGUACCAUCCGCCAAUCCUGGCUUUGGCGCUCAGCCCACACCCCAGCGAAAGUACGACGGUCCAAUUUACUCUUCCGCGGAUAAGUCGACAUCUCCGAAGCAUAGGCGUGUUUGGACCAGGUUUUCCAGCUGUCUUACCGAAAUGGGGUGGACUUGCAGAAGUCGGCCAAGUUGCAUGCAGGGCUGGCGCUGUAGGCGGCGGCGUCUACGUUUUGGGCAAAGGCUUAAAAGAAGUGCAAACAACAGACUCAGGCUCGCGACUUGAACUCACGGGCGGAGAGAAGAUUACUGCUCAGUGGCUUGUUGGCACAAGUCCAGAGCUCUGCGGUGCUGCGAAUCCCGCACAGCAUGACUCUACGACUACUCCAGUCAUGUCGAGGAGCAUUUCGAUUGUCUCUUCGCCACUUCCAAGCCUGUUUCCACCCACUUCCGAGGGUGGCGUGUCACCUGUUGGCGCUGUGAUACUAAUCCCUUCGGCAAACAGCGACGAGCCCCCAGUGCACAUUUUCGCACAUUCCGGAGACUCUGGCGAAUGCCCUGCAGAUCAGUGUGUGCUCUAUGGGUAUGUCGCUCAAUCAAGCGAUAUCGGAAUCCCGAGAUUGCGACAAGCAGUAGAUGCGGUUCUAGACAGCAUUGGAGAUCUUCAAGACCUGCAAGUCGUCUGGAGCAUGCAUUGGGAGCAGCGCUAUCCUCCGAAUACGCAAACAAAUGAUGAAGAUCACAUCAUUGCACUCAAGUCUCUGCCUGCGGAUCUUGCCUUUGACGAUGACAUCUUGGCGGAUGUGAAGAGUGCAUGGCAGCGCAUCAUGGAGCCAGAAGAUCCGGAGAGCUUUAUGAAAUUCGAUGCGAGAGAUGGCACGACUGAUGAAGAUGAUCAAUGAUAGAAAUGUUAUGGAUCAUUACGAAACGAGAAUAUCUUUCCUG